CUUACUUACGUUCGUAAGAUGAUUGCUUUUCAUUCUUCGUUGAAGAUCCAACUUGUGUUGUGCAGUAUUGCGUAACAAUGGAAAAAUAUAUUAGUGUUAAAGAACUUGAAGAGGCAGCGAUCACGCUUUUGCCAAAGUCUGCACGUGACUAUUACAAGAGUGGUGCUACAGACGAACAAACCUUAGCAGAAAACCGACAAGCUUUCAACAAGCUACGUAUUCGACCAAAAUGUCUAGUAGGAUUAUCUGGCUGCGAUUUACGGACUACUGUCCUAGGUCAAGAAGUAUCUAUGCCGCUCGGCAUAUCCCCCACCGCAAUGCAGAGGAUGGCUCACCCGGAUGGGGAACUGGCUAAUGCUAAAGCGGCAGAAGCAGAGGGCACAAUUUUUACGCUAAGCACAAUUGCGACGAGUUCAAUUGAAGAAGUCGCCGAAGCUGCACCAAAAGCCAUCAAAUGGUUUCAACUUUACAUUUAUAACGAUAGAGAAGUGACCAAGAAUUUGGUUAAGAGAGCGGAAAAAGCCGGAUUCAAAGCCAUAGCUUUAACAGUCGACACUCCACUGUUUGGACUUCGAAGAGCCGACGUAAGAAAUAAGUUUACGUUACCUCCACAUUUAAAGUUAGCUAACUUCGAAGGACACUUAUCGACUAAAAUUCAUCAAACUGGAAAGGGCAGUGGAUUAAACAACUAUGUUCAAAAUCUAUUUGAUAAAUCAUUGACUUGGGACGAUAUUAAGUGGUUAAAAAGUAUUACGAAGUUACCAAUUGUGGCAAAAGGAAUUCUUCGCGGAGAUGAUGCUGUAAAAGCAAUAAAAGCUGGUUGUUCUGCAAUACUUGUUUCGAAUCAUGGGGCGAGACAACUGGACGGAGUACCAGCAACGAUUGAAGCUUUGCCUGAGAUCAUCAGAGCAGUUAAAGACUACAAUGUUGAAGUUUAUUUGGAUGGCGGAGUAACGACCGGCACCGAUGUUUACAAAGCAUUAGCUCUUGGAGCUAAAAUGGUUUUUGUGGGUCGGCCUGCGCUAUGGGGCUUGGCUGUGGGCGGGCAGGCUGGAGUUCAAAGGAUGCUCUCUAUAUUCCGCACUGAACUCGAAUAUGCGUUCCAAAUAGCAGGUACUCCUACAGUUGGUGAUAUUACAAGUGACAUGGUGCGACACGAAAGCAUUUACAGCAAGUUGUAAUUUAUUACCUACGCCUACCUUAAAUAGUUUUAAUUAAUAUUUAAUAUAAAUAUACUUUAACUAAUAUUUAA